AUGGAGUGCAGCGGAAAGGUAACAGCUGAGUGAUCGUUACAGGACUGUGUCCUACACUUAGACAUCAUGCACAAAGCAAGAACUUCUCUGCACAGCACACAUAAUCAAAAAAAGAGCAAAGAUUAAACACAUUUUUAUUCUUAUCACAUGCCAAAUACUGUUUAUGUCUGAUAGAAUCUUUCUCUCAAGUCUACAUUAGGGAGCAACAUGCGUUAAAGUAAGGAUUUCUGCACUGUCAGACAUCCUGCAGGUGACCUUUGGUGACCUCUGCUACGCAACAAAGACAAAUCAAAAAUAUGUAUUUUAAAGGUUUUGAUAAGAUAAGUAAUGUUCAGUUAACAAAAGUGAGAAAUCUGUGUGUAUUUGUGCAGGACAGUAAACAAAAACUGAUUUAGAAUAAACAGUAUGACUGGAACUGGGAGGAGUAUGAGCCUUUGAAAGAGGAUAAAAAUACGAACAUCAUGAAAAAAAUGUGCAGCUUAGGUUUUCUGAGACUGCAAAUGUUGGGUUUGGUGCCCACUGAAGUUUUUGUAGCUUUAAGCUGCUUAAAUGUCCUCCCUGCACUCUUUGCAUUGUGUGAACAAAGCUGUCCAUCAGCAGGGCAUCUCUAAAAUACCUUUUGUCUUACGCAUAUAUCUUAGAAGAGAGGAACAAAACAGCUCUGUUCUCCUGCACAAAUGUACAACUCUCAUGGCUAAUUUGAAAUUUUUUUUAAACCAUUUCAAUAAUUUUAUCUUUUCCUAUUUCAGGGUCCUUGACAGUUGUAGCAAAAGCUUUUCACUAAUUUAUUUAUGCAUACUACUCAUAUAUUUAUAUUUUCAUCUCUGUUGUCAUUCUGUGUUAAUUGUAUUAGCACCUAAACACUAAGAUAAAUUCCUAGUAUGUGUAAAUAUACUUUUCAGUGAGCCGGAUUCAGACUGUGAAAGUUUUCAAAUUUGCUCAUUUCAGCAAGUAAAAGUCCUUAAAAACAAAGUCCUGUCAGGGAAAUGCGGCCCUGCUGUGAUGCACAAUAAUACCAUUUGCAUGCAUUUUUACAUUUUAACUAAGGAUUGUUUAAUAUUUGGAAGUUUGCUUUUACUUUGCAUGUAAAAGGUUAAUCUGAAAAGCAAUGAAGCAUCAAACAUUACUUUGUAAGUGUACUUCAAUAAAACAUAUUUUUCUUCAGUUUGUUUCAGCUCUAAGCCUGUAUGAUAUAUAUAUGGAAUUAUUAGAUGCUUUUUGUUAAAAGUUUCCAAAGGUUUUUAAUCACAGAGAUGUUCAGUCCACUCUGCCUGUGACUGAUGAGUCUGAUUCUGAGUUAAAAAUGGAUUUUAGAUAGAAAAUAAGAGACACUUAUUUUACUACAAUUGGCACAAGUGUCUUCUGCAUCACCAGAAAAAAACAGUCACAUUGCAAACAAGGUAACCUUAAAAUAAAGUGCAUAAAAAGAAAGCUAUAAGCUCUACACAGUCACAUCAGCGGGGUAGCGUGUGGGCUCUGCAGAAUCCCUGCAGAUACAUCUUUCUAAAAUCCUAAAUUUUGGAUAUACUUUACCCUUUGUAACACUGAAACAGAAACUCUCUAGUACUUUUUUAUUAACUUUUGCACACAUUCAUCUAUGUUACUAAACAUGUUUUACAAGAAAUGAGUCAUAAACAGUCACCAAGUUAUAAUUUUUGCAUUGUAGGCUUUUAAAUUAUGUUCCACUUUGCAUUGUUUCAGACCAGCACCAGAAUUUGAAACAUUGAAAACAAUUGUCCUUUGUAUAUAUAUGGUUGUGCAUGUCUUUUGUGGUCUACUCAAAUAAUCUUAGGUGGUUAAAGCCAAAACUUUCCGUUCCUGGUGCUGGGAUUUUACAGGUGCUGCACCUGUGGCCUGAAUAGAAUGGAGGAUAGACCUCAGUAGAGAGAAUAAAGAGCUUGUAACAGAGGUGGCUGCAGAAAGUGAUUUACAUUUUUUUUGUAAUAAUCAUCAAAGAAAACCACACAGUGAUGGUUUGUGAACCAGUACAUGUUUGCCAAGAGAAUCCACACAUGCACAGAGAGAGCAUGCAAACUCAAUACUAGGGUGAAGGCUGGGAUCUGAACCUGUAACCUUCUUAUUGUGGAGCAACAACACUGGACCUGAAUACAGCUGUUUAGAUAGAUAGAUAGAUAGAUAGAUAGAUAGAUAGAUAGAUAGAUAGAUAGAUAGGUGCUCAUAUGUCUGUGCUGUGCUUUCUGAAUAAGAUACUUUAACAUGCAUGUGUUAGUGGGAAUGUUUUUAAAGGGAAAAGCAUCUCAGCAGUCAGAGCACAGUGACUUUUUUUUUUUUUAAAUAACACUUUUUCUGAAAACUCUCACCUAUAAAUGUUUGUAUGUGUCUGAUUCUGCAGACUGUACUGGUAAUAAGAGAUUCAGACCUUCAGCCUUGUUUCUUUGUUUUAACACCAGGUGACGCCCCAGCUGAUGAUGGCUGCAGGGACAGCUGUGAUUGGCUCGCUACAGUUUGGCUACAACACAGGAGUCAUCAACGCCCCACAGCAUGUAAGUAUUUAUCAGUGAAUAUAACCUGCAUCUUCUCUUUAUAGUCACCAUUAAUUGACCUCUGAUUCUAGUUAUCUUUAUUUAAUGAAAGCUAUUUUUUAGGGAAAAAAGAAACUAUAAGAAGACAUCUUUGGUUCUAUUUUCUUUGGCGGAUGAUAAAAAUAUCUUGGAGAGAAAAUAAAGCAGAUUAUUGUUUAUCUAUGCAAACCUGGCAGGAAACUUGGGGUAAUUUUUCAGCUACAGGUAGUCUCCUCAUUCUUUCUGAUAAGCUCCUCACAUCUACAAACUGUUAAUUUUGUGACAAAAUCAAAAUUGUCCUCCUCAAGGAAUGAGCUCUUAGAUUCUGACAGCAGAGCAUGUUUUGGAUGUUAAUCUCUGUCUCCUAAGUCACUGAGGAGCUUCUAAAUCAGUCAGCUGCCCCUGAAGGUGGUCUGACAGAAAUCUAAAAUGACAAGGAGCGGGUUAAUGAGAUAAUGAAGCAGUUUGCUGGAGGCAUUACGGAUAAAGGAGCUCAAGGUUAUCAGAUUGGUAGCAUGCUGUGCUUGUAGUUGAACAACAGAAAAGCACAUAGGUCAGGCAGAGACAAGAAGGCUUGAAUUAUUUGGCACGCUCACAACAUCGGGGCAGUUUGAAGUACUCUGCAUUGACAAAGAAAAGACUAAAAGUAAAGAACAAGUUGAAUGCAGCAACACAAACAGUUUAGAAUUUAUGUGUUGUGAUGUGGGUAAUCUAACACGUCACAUACUAGUAUAGACUGCUUUGGAUGGGAUAUAUUUUAUAUUAAUUUGGGCAACAACUGAUGAAAGAUAUCCUUAAAAAAAAAAAAAGAAGGUACAGUUUGUUUGACCAGUGGAAGUAGGUCUUACUAUGCUAGGGCUGGUUAGUAGAGGUGAGUUUCAGCAUGACUGGGUCAUGCACAAGCACAAACAGGUACACAUCGUGGACAUAACAUAAAAUGGAACAAGUAAUUUUAAUCAACAGCAGCAAAGAAUCCAAAACUUUAAGUGAGUAACUUAAAAUAAGGCACAGCGUUGGUUAAGUUGCAGCCAUGUUUUCUGUUUUGUUGCUCAUUGUGCUGACUCUGACACCAUGCUUCUUGUAAACAAGAGUGCACUUAGUGAUGACAUGUUGACGAGGAGUAAUUCUGUUCAGACUUGGUUAGGCCAGCAGCAAUGUGAGUGCUGGCCAGUAGGGAGACUAUAGGUGGGGGGACACAUUUGGGGCCAAAUGUAACAGAUGCUUUAUUCUCUUGAUACGCCGAUGACACAGUGAUGUACUGCUGUCUUUUACUGAUUGUUGAAUACUCUCAGAAUGAAUAUGACUUUGCUGAGAAUAAACUGCUUGAACUGAAGUUUGUUCUAAAUGCAGAGAAGAGAAAAAAGUAUGUUCUUCACCAACUUAAAAUGUACCAGUGAUUGUUAUGUUUGAUGGAAAGGAUCAACUAAGUCAUUGGGAUUCAUCCCUUGCAGUUCAUGAAAGUCUGCAUCAAAUGUCACUGCAAUGCUGGAAAGUUAGGCCACCCAGAAUGAAAACUAACAAAAUUAUGAUGGUCCUGGAGAAGAAAUCAUGACCACUGAAGUCAGCAGGUGUUUAAAUGAUUCAUUCUGGACCUUAGUGGUCAAGACAGAGUGAUCAACCAACAACAUCAACAACUGUAUCAAUAAAAAACAAAACCUGAAAUGAGUGAGUUAUAUUAAUCAUUGCUCUCAUGAGUCACUGUAUUUGUGUUUCAGAUCAUUGAGAGCUUCUACAAUGAGACGUGGCACCACAGAUUUUCAGAGGACAUCUCUCACACCACUUUAACAGCUCUGUGGUCACUCUCUGUGGCCAUCUUCUCUGUAGGAGGAAUGCUUGGCUCCUUCUCUGUUGGACUCUUUGUCAACCGUUUUGGCAGGUAAGUCUCUCCUCCUCUGGAUUUUCUUCAUCAUUCCAUGAAGUUUACAUACAGACUGUUUAUAAAUGCUCUUCUGUUUCUAAAGGAAGAACUCCAUGCUCAUGGCCAACGUGCUCGCCUUUAUUGCUGCUGCGUUUAUGGGCUUUUCCAAACUGGCUGGUUCUUUUGAGAUGCUAAUCAUCGGACGGUUUAUCAUUGGACUCUACUCCGGGCUCUCGACUGGGUUUGUGCCCCUUUAUGUUGAGGAAAUCUCACCGACGUCAAUCCGUGGAGCGCUGGGCACUUUACAUCAGCUCGGUGUGGUGGUUGGCAUCCUCCUCGCACAGGUGAGCGCAUGUACCAACCUGUGGAAGCUGUUGACUGACACAAUAAUUCUAGUAUUCUUAUUUUAUUCUUAUUUUCUUUUUACAAAGCCAGAUAAAACCCGAUGAGAUCAGGGUCACUUUCACAAGGGUGACCUGGCCAAGAGGUCAGUUUUAUCAUAUGACAAUAUUACUGGAAGCUUCACCUGCAUGUGGGCCAAUGAAAGAAAUUGGAACUAUGAAAAUUCUCACUUAAUACUUGAAGCUUGGGCCCAUAUGAGCACUUUUGGUCAGACUGAUUUUUGUCAAGUUUGGGCUUUGGAUGGGAUUUGAAUGAAUCGAAGUUUGGGCCUUCUUUGGCAGCCAAGAGGAAUAGUCAUGGGGCAGGGAUUGGGUAUUACAAUAAUACAAAAAUCAAUAAUACAAUACAGUAUUACAAUAAUCUACCAGGGUCCGAUGAGGAUCUAAAAUGGGAUAAAUUUGUGCCUUAACUGAUCUCCAUGGAAACUGUUGGGUCAAAAUACCCAAGGUUGGUGUCAUUUUUGGCUAAUGGGUUGAGUUGACCUGUGAUAUGUUCAUGAUAACCUUGCUCAUAUGCUGAAAAUUCUAGAGGGGAACAUUGACAGAACUAAUUUAAUAACUCACAGUCAAAAUCAUUGUUGCCCAGCAGAGACAUUCAGACUCCCAAGUACAUUUAUAAUCAUUAUUGAUGCAUUGGACCGCCUUGAAACCAAAUGGUACCUAAUUUACCUUUUGAAGGCUUUGAUAGUGGCCUCAAUCGCAUGAAAUCUUGAUGGUAUUGGAAAUUAAGUAAAUGUAAGUGUCCUUUGGAGAAUAAAUCAAGGUUUUCAAUUGAAUUAAAUCAUUUCUUUUUGCUCAUUGGUGGUUGCAUUUAUGGCAGUUGGGCGUCAUCUUUUAUGGGCCACCAAAAGACCCCAUGGCUUCACCAAAAUACAAGAGCUGUUUUGCCCACUGUGAGAUUUUGUUGUCUUAAUCUGAGGAUACACAUGCUUUUGAACACAUGUGCACAAUUUCUGCAAAGAUGUCUGUCAAAAUAGUUGGGGAAAGGAAAGUUUGAUGCUAAAAUCUAGAGGAGAACUCACUUGGGGCAGUGUCGAUGGUGUGUUCAGACCACUGGUCAUCACAAUCAGGUAUAUGCACGAGGUUAUGAUUUGCCCUCUAAAGGUAUACUCCAGUAGGACUUAUAGAGUUUAGUCAAGUUUGUGAACAAUUAAGUCAUGACCCAGUCAGUUGUGGAAGUUAAUGCAAGAUUGUAUAGCAAAUACUUUACAUCUCUAGCCUUAGUGAUGAAGGCAAAAACAUCUCAUGAGUAAGACUUGGAGGGUUUGAUUUACAGUCUAUGCACCAAUGAGGCUCAUGGUCAAUUUGUUGCAUUUUGUUGAGUUAGAUUUUGGUGGAUGGCAUUGAUUGUUUUUUUAAUAUAUGGGGGAUUUACUAAGAUUUGAUCAAGUCCACCUAGUGCACCGGAAAUCGUGCAUCAUCUGCUCUUUCCGCCUGCUCUGUCUGAUACUAUAAUUUACAAAGCAGAUUGUGUCAGUGAUAUUCAACCAUGAAAAUGCUCACAAAGUUCUGGAGCUUUUUGCACUUUGCUCCUGUUUUGCAUUUGAUUGAGACUCAAACGAUCCAUAAAGCAUCUCCAUGCAUCUCUGCAGAAAGCUGUGGUGUGCACUCUCAUCCUGACUUUGGGGAAAGUUUGAUAUACAGGAAGAGACAGUGGGUCAGUGAGGAUCAAAGUUUAACCCAGGCUGCUGGGUCAAGGACUAAGCCUCUUAUGGGGUGCACACUUUAGCUGUUGAGGUACAUGUGUCCCUGCAAUGAUUUGUCAGAUUCUGUAUUAGCGACAUGGGGAUAAAGUUUUACUGUAACACCAGGUCCCGUUAGGGCUUGAGAUUAUCCACCAACUUGCCAAAAUUGGGCCAGCUCUUUAAGCAUUCACCACAAGCAUACGAGGUGAUACUUGGCAGCAAGAGUACAGGACAAAUCCUGUUUUAAAGAGCCACUAUCAGUCUGUGUACUUAAUUUAUUCAAUGAAUGAGGGUUUGACAAACAGAGGUGAGGUACACCGCAGGGCAUAUCUCAUUCAACACGGAUAAGAAAGUGUUGUUUUCUAAUUGGAGAUGGUAACGGAGCUGAAGUAGCCGAGGGUUGCUGCAUGACGUGCAAAUUCAGGCUGAUCAUUUUUGAGCAGGGAAAAGAGGCUUUGUAUUUUUUGGUCCUCUGAGCAGGAGCUCUGUAUCUAUGGCCUGGAGGCAGAAGCUCAAACUCACUAAGCAGGGAGUGAUCAGGACAAUCGGAUAUAGCCUGAGCCUUCCGUACGACCUGCUUAAAUCCCUGGUUUGUAUUUUGAAAUACAAAAAAGCAGCUCCUCAGUGGGUUUUUACCACAGGUGAGCUGCAUGGGGGGCUACCAAGGCCAUACAGCCACAUAUUAUCACUGGAGAUGAAAUCACAAAGUCAUUGACCCCAACAAACUUUAAAUCCUAAAAUGAUCACCUUAACUGUGCUCUCUACUAACCCAUCACCUCAAACCUACCUGAUAGUAACCCUGUAAGUUGGGGAUUAAUGCGGCCUAAAUUUGUUUUUCGGCCAACUCUGUCUGGAAGGCAGCUAAUUGAAUGUUGUGUAAUCAUGACAGAAAUCAGACAUUGACAAAACUUUGUGUAACCCAUGAGGAGAAAUGAUAUUUAAAUCCAAAGAGCCGCCUGGCACUGCAUACAGCAUGUGUUUCUUAAAAAUGGAUUUUGGCUGUAAAAUUUUGUCCUGCCAACUGUCCAAAUUGUUGCUCCAUGCAACAGAGUUUUUUUUUUGCAACUGUAUUGUCAUUUUGUAAACCUUUCUGUAACUAAAUUCGGUGAGAAAUGAAGUUUGCUUUGAUUGGGUUUGUUCACUGCUGGUCCGUCUCGAAGGAUUAAACCUUUAGUCUGCAAAGAAACUUCCUGUGCUCGAAGUGAGUUCGUAAAAGCAACCUGUGUAAACAACUUAAUACGAGUAAAGCCUUAGUCUGAUAAUUGACCAUAAUUAGAUUAUUGAGUGCUCGUAAACCUUUCCAAGACUGUAAGUUAGAGCAAGAAAAGAAGUUUUGCUAAUGAGAAGUCUGUUGCAAUGUAUUGAGAUGGUAAUGAGAUGUCAAAUUUUGCCAAUUAAGCUUGUUCACUUGGUUGCAACCAACAUGUCUAAAAUUGGUGAUUUCAGGUCAAGUGUCUUUGCAGAACAUAGACAGUCAUUGUCUUUCACUUUUUCAGGUCUUUAUAUUUUGCAUUUUGUAUUUGACUUAAGAGUUUUGCAGAUUUUUUUGAUUGAUGUACGAUGACUUAAGAGUAACAGGGGGAGCAAGAGAAGUCCAGCCCAUCCUGGACAAUAUUUCCUACCUACACAUGAAAUAUGGAUGUGGCUCAGUCUUGUGACAUUUAUAAGAUUUAGGCUGUCGGCAAGAACUUGAUGUUGUGAAAGUCUGCAGAAACAACAAACGUGGCAUGGGCAGGCACCAGCAGUUUGGUGAUCUUGACAAAUUAAUCAGCACAUUUUUUUUUCCCGCAGGACAGAGCAAACACUUUAGAUGAUGCCCAAUCUUUCCAUCUUGUUGUUGUUAGCAAAUUGCUAGUGAAUGAAUAUAGACUUUAUGUGAUCAAUUCCUGUAGAGAACUGACCAACAAACUUUACUUUUAUGGUGUGCCUAUUUAGGGGUAAGAAGCUGAUCUGAUCUGUUUAUUACAGAGGGAGCUGCUGAGUAUCCUGACUAUGAUCUGUAACAAAUCUAGUUUUAUGUGUAUUGCACAGUGUUGCAUACAGUGUGGGUAAGCAGCAUAUUGUGUCUGUAUUUUAGAUCUUUGGAAUCGAAGCCAUCAUGGGUAACUCCACCCUGUGGCCCCUUCUGUUGAGUUUCACGCUGCUGCCAGCUGUGCUGCAGUGCAUCCUGCUCCCCCUCUGCCCUGAGAGCCCCCGAUACCUGCUCAUCAACUGCAAUGAGGAGACCAAAGCUCGCAGCAGUGAGAUAUACUCACAAUGGACACACACAUCAUGCAAAACAUGCAACCAUAAAUAAAGUCCUCAAUGAUAUAUCUUGAUACUUCCGACCAUGACUUGUACCUUCUAUGUGUCACAUUUUUAUAAAUCCUGCUCCAGGUUGAUGUAACUAAGUUAAACUUGUGUUUUUCAGUCCUGGUGAAGCUGCGGGGUACUGACGAGGUGAGCGAGGACAUGCAUGAGAUGAAGGAGGAGAGCCAGCAGAUGAUGAGGGAGAAGAAAGUGACCAUUCCUGAGCUGUUUCGCUCUCCAGCCUACAGGCAGCCCAUCUUUGUGGCCAUCAUGCUGCAGCUUUCACAGCAGCUGUCUGGUAUCAAUGCUGUAAGUCACAAGACCCAAAUGGUCCUUCACUGUCAGGGCCAUGCUGAAGCAAGAAAGUGCAUAAAGCUAAUUUUUCUUCUUUUCAAACACUGCAGAUACACUGGGUGCAUGCAAAAGCCCAAAGCAAAGUGCUGUCCUCUCACAAAACAACAAUACAGGAAAAAAAGCAAUAGAUAAAUGAUGAAUUUUACCCGCUUAAACAUGGAAAAGGAGGCUCUUCAGUCUGUUAAACUCUCUAAAAAGGCCAACGCUAAAAAGCCUAUGAAGACUUUACAAAUCUGUAACAUGAAGUAAUUAACCCAGCAGUGUUUGGAGUUCUCCUCAACAAUAUCUGGCUAAAUAAGUUUAACUAGGGUUCCAAGUUCUGUAGUAAGCCAGAUUUAUGUUGACAGGUGACUUUUAAAACUUGGCAGAGAUAGAUGUAACUAAACUCUGCUGGUUGGUAUGAAUCCAAGAAAUCCUGGCAUCACUUCUUACAAAUAAGCCAACAAACUGGUCAGCUUUAAUAGCUGCAGCCAGGAGAAAGUUAAUCCUGGAGAAAGAGGAUAAAUAUAUCCCCCUGUGUGCACUUUUCAAAGAAAAUUCCAGAAAUGACAGGGUUAGCUUAGAGGAGACAUGCAUGUAUCCAAAUUCUGUCAUUCAUCAUCCUCUCCAGGUGUUUUACUACUCUACUGGGAUCUUCCAUCGAGCUGGCGUGUCCCAGCCGGUCUAUGCAACUAUUGGUACAGGAGUGGUCAAUACGGCCUUCACUGUGGUGUCUGUAAGUCACAAAUGGACCUUUAAAAGGAUGCUGAGCUCCAGCAUGUGGUCAACAUGAUGUCUGAAGUCACCAUCUCUCCUUCCCUGCAGCUGUUUGUGGUGGAGCGGAUGGGCAGGAGACCUCUUCACCUCAUUGGUCUGAUGGGAAUGGCCAUCUCUGCAGUUUUCCUGACCGUUGCUAUGGCACUGUUGGUGAGUAUUUGUAAUCAUCUUUACUUGAUCCACCAGGCUCUGAAAUAAAUGACCGAACAUCUCUCUGUCUUAUCAGGAUCAUUUCAGCUGGAUGUCCUACGUCAGCAUUGCGGCCAUCUUUUGCUUCGUAGCCUUCUUUGAGAUUGGUCCCGGGCCCAUCCCCUGGUUCAUCGUGGCUGAGCUCUUCAGUCAGGGACCUCGGCCUGCUGCAAUUGCAGUUGCUGGUUUCUGUAACUGGUCUGCAAACUUCAUCGUGGGAAUGGGUUUCCAGUAUGUUGAGGUAAGCUUCUAUUUCAAGACAUUUUUUUAUGUAGGACAUUAACAUUAUUCUCUCAUGGUGUUGAUUCAGUUUUAACUGAUUGUAAAAUAGGAUCACUUUCAUACAGAUGCUUCUUCAUGUACAAUGAGAUUGGCAGCAACUUGAUUUAAUACUCCAUUAUUUUAAUAAUUUGGGUUGUGUUUUCCAAAAAAAAGCUGGGUCAAUAUUAGGCACUCAUCCUGGAGUUACUUUGUUCAGAGUGCUUAAGUUUUGCAGUAAGAAGUAAGUUAACAGGCAGAAGGAGUUUUUUGUUCUUUGAUAUCAGGGCUGUGACAGUGAUGUUUCACCUGUAAGUUUGGUCUCUGUUUGUAAACUAAUAGCUGAAAUACAUCAGAGUUUGGUGUAACUGUGAAUUUUCAUUUCCCGCCAUUACAUUUCAAUGUGUUAAAGCUCUGCUAACAUUCAAAAUAUCUUCAAAAGUUUCCUGUGCUUUUAGGGACCCAGCUUGAACACAUACCUAUUUGAUCUGUUUUCAAAAGUGACAAUGCCAUCCACUGGAAUUAAGAAGUUUCUACUUCUGCAAAGUCAUGUUUCCAACCCCACCUUGUUUACUGAAUUCUACUUAAUUUUGUUCACUCAGAGAUCUUAACCUCACUUUUCUGUAAAACUUACAAGUCUUUACUUUGUCUUAUACUAUGUCCACUAUAUCCGUCCAGUUAUUUGCUACAAACAAGAAGUCAUUUUUUUAGGGGUUUAGAGUAGCCACAUGUAAAGUCACCAAAAGGCCAUAGAGCUAACUAGAAUUAACAACAUUAAGAACGUCUCAGUGUGCUUUUGUGUUACUCUCAAGGCUGUAAAAGUAUCUGCUGUAAAAGUAAAUAUUCCAAUACUGUCUUUAAUGGGGAUUGCUUGGCUUUUGAGGACAGCUCCAAGUGGACAGCAGAGGAACUGCAGCUUUUUGUAUUCCCGCUCAUUUUUCAACACUGGGUUUUGUUGCUUGCCUGAAACACAGCAGCACAGCUAACAGACUUUGAGCAUCCCACUGAGUGUUAUUCCAGAGAGAAAUGGCAGCUGUGUGAGCAUAACGUAAUAACAUUUCUUCAUGUUUUACUUUUACACCCCUGCAGCAACUCUGUGGCCCAUACGUCUUCAUCAUCUUCACCGUCCUGCUGCUUGGCUUCUUUGUGUUCACCUACUUCAAGGUGCCGGAGACAAAGGGCCGCACCUUUGAUGGGAUUGCAGCAGGUUUCCGUCAGUCAGGGGGUCACAGUGCAGAUAAAUACUCUGCUCCUGAAGAGUUCAACACCCUGCGAGGGGAAGACCCUGACCUCUGA